ACUGAUGAGAUUUACUAAACAUGGGGAGGGUGAGACCCAUCAACCCCAAAUUGAAACGAAGAUAGUAAAUGAUCUAAAUGUGGCAAAAAACUCCCACCCAUAACUGCAAUCGAGGCAAUGGCCAUGCAGGUUGCCGUUUCCAGGCUUAUUUCCAUUCUGGGCAAACGUUUUUUCGCCUAUCUUAUCUUCUUCUAUAUUUGGUAGUCCUUUUUCCUUCUUUAUUCCCAGGCGACCCAAGUAUAGAGAGAGAAAGAGAAAGGAGAUUUUGAUACUGGGUUGGGCUUGUUGCUGGAUGGUGAGGAGGAGUCAAGGAUACGAGUGUUAAGAGGGGAAAUGGGUAGGGGGAAGAUAGAGAUCAAGAGGAUCGAGAACGCCACUAGCAGGCAGGUCACAUUCUCCAAACGCCGUGCAGGGUUGUUAAAGAAGGCACAGGAAUUGUCGGUUUUAUGCGAUGCAGAGGUUGCCGUUAUCAUUUUCUCUAGUACAGGAAAGCUUUUUGAAUUCUCUAGUUCUGGCAUGAAGCGGACACUGUCGAGAUACAACAAGUGCCUGGAUCGUUCUGAGACUUCUUUGGUUCAAUAUGAAGCAGAGAGGCAACAAUCUAAGGAGGUGAAUAUUCUAAAGGAUGAAAUUGCAAAGCUACGAAUGACACAUCUGCGGAUGAUAGGCAAGGAACUGAAGGGCUUGAGCUUAAAAGAUUUGCAGCACUUGGAGCAUCAAUUAAGUGAAGGGAUAUUAGCUGUGAAGGGUAGAAAGGAGCAAUUACUGCUGGAACAGCUAGAAAAAUCGAGGUUACAGGAACAACGGGCCAUGGUGGAGAAUGAGGCUUUACGCAAGCAGGUUGAGGAGCUUAAAAGUCUGGUCCCAUCAACUGAGCGUCCGAUGCCACCUUUUCUUGAAUUCCAGCCUCUGGAAAGGAAAUAUGCUCUUGUUAAGCCUGAUGUGAUAAGUUCAAAUGUGGUUUGUAAUUGUGCAGUCGAGAAGCAAGGAGAUUCAGACACUUCCUUGCACUUGGGGUUGUCAACUGAUGUUUAUUGCAAGAGGAAAGCACCUGAAAUAGCAUCCUGCUCCAAUGAUUCUGGGGCUGAAAUGGAUCAAUCCUAAUACUUCCUUGAAGUGUCUUAUCUUGACUUGCAAUGAGUAGCGUCAAUCGAUACCUUUAGUCAUCCUCUUUUACAGGUUAAAAGGCUAGAAUUGUAACAGUGAUCAUAGCAAAAAUAUAACAGUUCUCAUUUUCUCAUAGUUUUACCCAAAAUAGAUCUAUGCUUGUUGGAUGGCUUGAGAAUCUUCGAUAGAGCGUUAGGUAGUCUUGUUUUUCAGGGAGGGAAGAUAUGGAUUUUUGUAGGAUGGCAUGAAAAACAAGUGUUAUGUGAUUUGACCUGUUUUGGAGUAAUGAAGCCAUUUCCUUGUUAGGUC